AUUAUUAUUGCAUAGAGUUACAGUAUAAAUACGGUUUCUAUAUCUAACGUCGUAAUAAUAAUAGUAAUAAUAUUCCGUGAGUCGAUGCAAAUUUAUUCAAUUGCAAAAUUCAUUCAUUUUCACAACACCGGAUCCGAUUCUUCAUUACACAUCGGGUGCUCUGUUUGAAAUCAUUUUAGGAGCGUGUGUCGCGUUGUAUGGCUCGUAAAAAUAAAGAAAACAAAAACAUGGCUCUAUCGACCAUGUUACGGGAUGAAGGCGAUAGCAGUGAAGAAGAUUACCGACGAAAACGAGACAAAAACAAUCAGGCGGUUAAAAGAAGUAGAGUCAAAAGUAGAAUGCGCACUCAACAAACGUUGCAACGCGUGAAUCAAUUAAAAACAGAGAAUGAUAUACUUGAAGAAAAAAUUAAACUUUUAAGUAAAGAACUAGGAUUUUUAAAAGAACUAUUCAUGGCACAAGCUGGGACAUCACAAAUUGAACUCCCCAAAUCCGUUGACCUUAAAACAUUAUUGAGUGACACUACAUCAGAUAUUUUGGAUAAUGAUUUAGCAAAACCUCAAUCUUCAUCAUAAGUAUAAUAUAAUUUGUUUUAUUUUAUGGGCACAGUGUAUUUUAUAAGUAAAAUUAUGUUAUGAGUCA